UGGUAAACUCCAGCCAGUAUACUUUCUUUUUUGAUAGAUUCAGUAUUCUAAAUUACCUUUUAAAUUAUGAAAAGAUUAAAAAUUUUAAAAUAUGAUUGUAUACGCAUCGUAAACAUAUAUAUAUCCUAUAUAAUUCUUAUAUUAUUUAUUUAUGGAACAUUAUGGACUGUUUUUCAAGCCCAGAUGUACCCAGGGAAAAAUUUAUUCAGUUUUUUUAUUCUAUUCCUAGCAUGUUAUUUUUCUGGCCAUCUUGUGAAUUCUAUUGGAUUACCACCAUUACUAGGUAUGCUGAUUGCUGGUAUACUUUUGAGAAACAUUGCAGCUAUCAAUAUAGCCAAAGAUAUAAAUCUCAGAUGGAGUAUAGUCAUAAAAAGCCUCUCCUUAGUAAUAAUUCUUAUCCACGGGGGUCUCAAAUGUGAUUCGGCCGUAUUAUUGCGCUUCAAAUGUCUCGUGACCCUUCUCUCCUGCGUUCCUUGCAUAGGCGAAGCUAUCGCGAUAGCCAUUGUGACGCGUUACGUUUUGGCAUUUCCGUGGGCUUGGAGCUUUGUCAUGGGUUUUGUGAUGAGCCCACUUUCACCCGCCGUUAUAGUACCCCAACUGGUCAAGAUACAGGAGUUGGGUUACGGCAUCGACAAAGGUAUUCCCACCCUCAUCCUCGCUGCCUCGAGUAUAGACGGCACCAUCGCCAUUAUGGGUUUCGCCAUUUUCGCUCAAUUAGCCCAACCUACCCCCGAACAUAAAGAAAGCCUAACUUUCACAGUGCUGCACGGACCUCUCGAAGUUCUGAUAGGGCUCUUAUAUGGGUUCGGCGUUGGUGUCUUAUUCUGGUAUAUUCCUUCCUAUGAAUUAUCGGAACCGUUCAAGUCUCGGUUCAGGUACAGUCUUUUAGCGUCUGCCGGCGUUUUUGCGGUUUUCGGCGGAAAAUUGGCUACUUUUUCCGGGGCCGGGGCAUUUGGGACCCUUACGCUCACUCUCGUUGCAAAUUAUGGCUGGUUCAAACGAGGAAAUAAAUACGAUAAUGUCGUCAGCAGAGAUUUCAAAUUCAUCUGGGACUUUUUCCAGCCCCUCUUAUUCGGGCUUAUAGGCACUCAAAUGGACAUCUACUCCAUACAACUCAAAUUUCUAGGUUACUGCAUCCUGCUGAUAGUGGUUGGUCUCAUCGCUAGAGCCUCGCUUGCUAUUCUCUCGGUCACGAACAUUGGAUUCACUUGGAAGGAAAAGCUGUUCGUGGGAAUAACCUGGACACCUAAGGCUACAGUUCAAGCUGCCAUAGGAUCAUUAGCAUUGGAUACAGCUAUUCUUAGGCAAUCUCCAGAGACAACGAUGAACUUAGCUAGAAUGGUCCUUAUAGCCUCUAUCAUAGUGAUUCUUGUAACGGCUCCGCUGGGGGCUAUAGCUAUAGAUAAGGCCGGUCCCCGAUUACUUACCCGCUCGCCCACUUUACCCAGACAAAAAAUGGAGGAAGCGAUAUUCGACGAUUCCAUUCCUAUUAAAGAUUUGAAUCGUAAAACUGAUUUUCCUAUCGGUCCAACGAAUCGUCAAGGUAUCACCAAUCAAAAUUUCCGAGAUGAUAUUCACGCUAAAUCCGGGAAAAUAUUCCCCGCCGAUAUACCGUCAGAGCCAGACGGGGAUGAGCACUCUGGUGUUAAGGAACUCGUUACAAAGUUGUGACAGAAUUCUCAAUAACCCUUUUCUAAUAAUUAUUGAGGAAACAAUUAUACGUCAUUUUUUUAAAAAUAUUUUUAUAAAUCUCACACUUCCAUUCGAUAAAAUUUUGUAAAUCUUUUUAACCUUAUAAUAUGGCAUUAUUUUGUAAAUAUCACGAUUAUAUCGUAUUACUAAGAGAAAAAGGA